AACCACUAGGAGGCCCAGUGCGGUUAACAAUCAGCCCACAACCCUUUCCCUCUCUCGGCUCGGCGGCUCGUGUCCCUCCCUACCUAUCGUGUUCCUUCCUUCCACCCUCGCAUCGGCCGCCAUGCCGCCCAUGGCCGCCGCCGACGCCUUCCUCGUCCUCGAGUUCGUCGCCGGCAACCGCUGCAUCCCCCACGCCGUCUUCGCCGCUCUCCUCGCCUCCCUCCCCUCCCUCUCCCUCCGCACCUCCCCGCGCCUCCGCAGAGCCCUAGUGCUCCGCGCCCUCCAUGCCGCCCUCCACGUUGAGGGCGCCUCCUCCUCCUCCUGCACCCUCCUCCUCGGCAACGCGCGGAGGAUCCUCGCCGACCCCGACGCCUCCGCAUGCUUCCCCCAGCAGCUCCCUUCCUUCUCUUUGCCCGACGACGACGCCAGGGCCGCUGCCGUAGUGGCCGACCUCAAGCGCCUCCUCGACCAUGAGUGGGCCAACCUCCCGCCCUCCACACUCGAGCUCGCGGCGGACCGGAUCGCCGGAGACGGGGCCCUCGAGACUUGGGCCAGCGCCAGCGACGCCAAACGUAGAAAGCUUCGCCUCCUCGUUGGGGAGUCCAAAGAGCGUCAGAUUUUAGCCAAACUUGGACAAGAUACAUCCGCAUCUCAUCCACUGAUGGCACCGGAAGUUGAUAACUCAAGCAGUGCUAAUGAAACUGAUCAUGCUCAAGGAGACGAUGAACCUGAUCCUUCUAAGGAAAACACUGAAGAAGAUAGGGCUCGACAUCAAGAAGAGUCGGUAAAAGGAGCACCAGGCGUCCAACUUCCAGAAAAAUCUGUAGCAAGUAGAAUCGUCAGUGGCAAGGUUCAUGAUACUCCUCCACAAGUGAUGGACAAAGCUACAACUUCACAUGUCAUAGGACGGGCUGCCCCUGAUAGUACCAAGAGCCAUCCCGUCGCUGCUUCUAAGCGUUGUCUAAUGGAGAGGAAUCCUGGUGCAAGUACUUAUGAGUGGGAUGGUUUGGGGGACUCUGAUGAUGAAAGGCCAUUAGAAAAGCGCCAGUUACCCCCUUUCGAGAGGAAAUCGAAACAUUCUUCUACAUUAUCACACAAGACCAGGAAGAAGUGGAGCGAGAUACAGGAAAAAACCUUGCUGGAAGGGGUUGAAAAGUAUGGCAAAGGCAAUUGGAAAGACAUCAAAAUGGCUUACCCUGAUAUCUUUGAAGAUAGAUCAACAGUAGAUUUGAAGGACAAGUUCAGAAAUAUGGAAAGGCACCAAUGCGUUUGAGGCCUUCCUCCUCUAGGAGAAGUUUUUUUCUGGAACAUGGGAAGCCCAGCCAUGCAAUGCCGAUCGAUUUACUUUGCGCAUGGCUCAGAUGUGUAGAAGGAAGCUCUCUCUUUGUUGUUUAGCGAGGCAGCUUAAGGUCUAGUGGGUGGUGCUUGCUGCUCUGUAUAUAAUGGUGGUACCAUAGCACCCUACUAUGCAAAUUAAUAAGACGAUAGUUGCUGUUA